CCCCACUCCCCCUAGAGCUCAGGCUAAAGUUACUGCGGGGGGAGGGGGUCGAGAGACAAGCACAAAGCAAGGCAAAAGCUGUGGGAGAGAGAGGGAUCCGGAGGUUUGCGUGCCCGAGUAAGGCUGGAGAAGGAGAGAGUGGUGGAGAGAGGUAGGAUUCCUCAAUGUUCCGAGGGAGGUGGUGAAGCUAACGCUAACUAGCCAUGUUGCCGUCGCUGGUCCCGCUCCUCCCGUCGCUUCUCCUGGUGGUGUGUGUCUGUUAGCGGGCCGCCCUGGACUCCCUAUACGCUCUGAGGUGCAUCAUGCCCGGCUGGAAGAAAAACAUCCCGGCCUGUCUCCAACCGGACCAAGAGGGUGAUGAAGGGCCGUACACCAAACACUCAGGGGGGUCUAGACCUCCGGAUGGAGUGCUGGCUAUCAGGAGGCAGAGUAUACCAGAUGAGUUUCGCGGCUGCUCUGUUGUGGAGCUGAUGAAAAAAGAAGGCACAACGCUCGGUUUGACAGUUUCUGGAGGCAUUGACAAGGAUGGAAAACCACGAGUGUCAAACCUGAGACAGGGAGGCAUUGCAGCCAGGAGUGACCAGCUCAAUGUGGGUGACUAUAUUCGCUCUGUCAAUGGCAUUAACCUGUCUAAGUUCAGACAUGAUGAGAUCAUCAGCCUUCUCAAAAAUGUCGGGGAGCGAGUGGUUCUGGAGAUUGAAUAUGAAUUACCACCUGUCUCUGUGCAGGGCUCAGGUGUUAUGUUUAAAACUGUUGAGGUCACACUUCACAAGGAAGGCAACAGCUUUGGCUUUGUUAUCAGAGGAGGGACUCAUGAAGACAGGAACAAGUCUCGGCCUAUUGUCAUGACCACAAUCCGACCAAGUGGUCCUGCCGACAGAGAAGGAACCAUUAAGCCAGGCGAUCGAUUGCUCAGCAUCGACGGCAUUCGUCUCCAUGGCAGCACGCUGUCGGAGGCCAUGAGCAUCUUAAAGCAGUGUGGGCAGGAGGCCACUCUCCUGAUUGAGUACGAUGUGUCUGUGAUGGACUCUGUAGCCACUGCGUCAGGUCCCCUUUUGGUAGAAGUCGCCAAAGCCACUGGCUCCAGUCUGGGUGUGGCUUUGUCCACCUCUAUGUUCUGCAAUAAGCAAGUCAUCAUCAUUGACAAGGUCAAACCAGCCAGUAUAGCUGACAGAUGUGGUGCUCUUCAUGCUGGAGAUCACAUUUUGUCAGUUGAUGGAAAGUCAAUGGAGUUUUGUUCUUUGGCUGAAGCUACUCAGCUGCUUUCGGCCUCUGGUCAGACGGUUCGCCUUGAAAUACUUCCCCAACACCAAGCCAGACCUGCUUUGAGUGCACCUCAACAAGUCAAGGUGCAGCGUAGUCCCCGCCCCUUACCCUGGGAAACUGGAAGCUCCACCCCUUUACUUCCCCCUUACCACUACAAUACGUACCACCCUGACCAAUCUGGUGCCAGGUCGCACAACCGCCAUACAAACAAUCCUCCCCUUAGUCACUCAUUCUCGCCUGGAUCCAUGUCAGCCUAUAGUCUGUCAUCCCUCAACAUGAGCACUCUGCCCAGGAACAUGUAUCCCACAAGUCCACGGGGCACACUCAUGAGGAGGAAGGGCAAGAAGAAGGACUUUAAGAGUUCAUUGUCGCUGGCGUCCAGCACGGUGGGCCUUGCUGGUCAGGUGGUUCACACAGAGACCACUGAAGUGACGUUGCUAGGUGACGGAAUAAUGGGGUUUGGUUUGCAGCUACAGGGAGGAGUUUUUGCAACAGAAACACUAUCUUCUCCACCCCUAAUUGCCUACAUAGACCCCGAUAGUCCAGCGGAAAGGUGUGGAAUCCUGCAGAUUGGUGACAGGAUUUUGUCCAUAAAUGGAAUUCCAACAGAGGACUCCACAUUAGAGGAAACCAAUCAGCUGCUCAGAGACUCGUCCAUCACAGCUCAACUCACUCUGGAGAUUGAGUUUGAUGUAGCAGAGUCAGUAAUCCCCAGUUCUGGCACAUUCCAUGUGAAACUCCCUAAAAAACCUGGAGUUGAGUUGGGAAUCACAAUCAGCUCUCCGUCCAACAGAAAACCUGGUGAUCCUCUGAUCAUCUCCGACAUCAAAAAGGGCAGUGUGGCUCACAGGACUGGCACAUUGGAGUUAGGAGACAAACUGCUGGCGAUUGACAACAUUCGAGUGGAGAACUGCUCUAUGGAGGAGGCUGUUCAUAUCUUACAACAGUGUGAAGAGUUGGUCAAAUUGAAGAUCCGCAAAGAUGAGGACAAUUCAGACGAACAGGAGGUUUCUGGCAGUAUCAUCUACACUGUGGAGCUGCAGCGAUAUGGGGGUCCACUGGGCAUUACCAUUUCAGGCACUGAGGAACCAUUUGACCCCAUCAUAAUCUCUUCACUCACCAAAGGGGGGCUGGCAGAAAGGACUGGGGCAAUCCAUGUAGGAGAUCGUAUUCUUGCCAUUAACAGCAGCAGCCUCAAAGGCAAACCUCUCAGUGAAGCCAUUAGUCUGCUGCAGCAGGCCGGGGAGACAGUGACACUGAAGAUCAAGAAACAAGGAGACUUGUCAAGUCCAAAGACAUGUGUAAUUGGCCCCGGUAUAGGAAUAGGACUUGGUCAGGAGAACCACGAUGGAGAGGAGGAGCCUGUAAUCACAGUGGUCCCUCCAUCAGGUCAAAGGUCAUUUUGUAAUCUGACCUCUGUAGACAGUGCAGUGGAAUCAUGGGAUGGCUCCAACUUGGACAGCACUUUCACCAGCCCAGCCCCAACUUUUCAGUCAGCUCCAUUUGGUUUCCACGAGUGGCGCAAUGCAAAGGUAACAAACAGCCAGUCAUCGUCCGCUACUCGCCAGAGAGUCAACCCUCUGUCAGAUUUGGGUCUCAGUGACGACGACUGGGACCAUGCACCACUUGGGUUCAGCGUUGCACAUGAUGGGGCAGACCCAGACCAGGAGGAAAAUUUCUGGUCCCAAGCAUUAGAGGACCUUGAGACCUGUGGCCAGAGCGGCAUACUGCGAGAGCUGGAGGCCACAAUCAUGUCAGGCUCAAGCCUCAGUCUGAACCAUGAUCCCACCCCUCUGCGCAGCACACUGGGACGACAGGCCAGUUUUCAGGAGCGCAACAGCUCCCGUCCACAAGUGAGUGCGCGAUCGAACACGUUGCCGUCAGACCCUCAGCGUAGAGCUUUUGCCAUGAAGAAGAUGCGUCAGGAGGUGAAUGAAAUCCUCAACCAGAACCCAGUGGAACUCCAUAAGCUGACUCUGGAAAAGGUGUCAGAUUUGGAUGACUUUGGAUUCAGUGUUUCGGACGGUUUGUUGGAUCGAGGGGUCUAUGUCAACAAUAUUCGAUCAGGAGGCCCAGCAGAGCAAGCUGGACUCAAAGCCUUUGACCGAAUAUUGCAGAUUAACCAUGUUCGGACCAGAGACUUUGACUGCUGUCUUGUAGUCCCUUUGAUCGCAGAGUCCCCAAACCGCCUUGAACUCGUCAUCAGUCGAAAUCCCACUUCUGUCAUGACGAAUCACAGUGACAACACAUCUUUGUCUCCACCAGUGAGUACCAACAUCGAGCCCACUGAGCUGUCAAUCAGCGGAGAAGAUGGGCCAAUCAAAUGGAACCAACCUGGGGACAGUGUGGGGGCAGGGCUUGUGGGGCAAGUUAAUAAUAAUUCCUUAUAGCAUUAAAAAAAUACACACAUAUAAUAUAUUACUGAAUAGAACCAGUUUUCUACAUUGACUGGAGAAGUAAACAAGUGGAAGAUGAAAUACGAAGAUGUUUUGAUCCAUUCGUACUGGUUCAGAGCGGACCAUUCAUGGUGCUACACACUCUUUGGAACUGCUACCACUAAACAUUGAACUGCAGAGGCAGCCUGAAAGCACAUCGAGGGACUGUUGCAACUAUUUGCCUUCUCACUGUCCAGUUUAAAGUUAUAACUGGAAACCAGAGUUAUUACUACUGAAGCCGCAACAUGGCCAUGUCGGACUUGCAGGGCUGAGUCGGACUUAUGGUGGGGCCUACAUAGAAAGGUUUACAGUACUACUGAAGCCAGAGCCUCAAUGAAAAGUGAAAAAGAUAGGUGUUUUUGGUCUGGUAACAGGGGUAUGGCUGAAAAAAGCCACAACUCAGAAACUUGUUUCAGACCUUACUGUGCCACAGCAGCACAAACUCUGGUGGGACUGCUCAAAUGUGUUGAUUAAUAUACAUUGCCAUGGAAAUAAUGAAUGCUCCGAUUAGACUCUUCAAUGUUAUGUUUUGAUAACCGUCAGCCUUUAAAUACUCCAAACCUUUGUGAAUCUGGUAUAUCUGAUAAUUCUAUAGCAAAUGAUGAGCAAAAUCAAGAUAAAAACCAAACACCUACCGUUACUGAAAAAGUUUAAACUGUGCCAACAUUAGUUUAAAUACACUCUAACCAUCAUAUUAGUACAUUAAAACUACAUUUUUACAGCACUAUAUUAUCCUACAUAGAACACUAAUUAGAUGAUUUUAAUCGGAGCAUUAGUACUUAUUUAAAAAGGAGUGAGUUUUUAAAUUGUUUAAGUUGUGUGCCAUGAAAAAUCUGCAGACUAGACAGUAAUAAUUAUCAUGAUGAUGAUGAUGAAGCUGAGCAGAUCAAUAAGAUUUCUUUCUACUGUUUACGCCUGUUGGACUGGCCACACUGUGUGUAUGUUUGUUGGUGUGUGUGCGCGUGUGUAGCUGUGUGUAUGUGAUAAACACAAGGCCAGUUUAGCUCCUCUCACAUUAAUAUGUUAUCUUGGCGUUAUCUUGGCCCUACCCUUCUCCUGUCUCUCUAGACCAAAAGGCAGCCAGGAUGAUAGAUGAGAGGUGUUUUUGAGAGAUACAGUGAUUGGCUGGAACCAAUCAGAAAAAGCUUCCUAUUUGUCUGUCUGUUUGUGAUGGACACUCAGCUGUUCCAGGAAAGAGAAAGCAUGCCCCCACCAUGACCUCAGACCUUGACCCUUGGUAAUCGUAAUUUAAUAUGCUAAUCAAUUUGUGUGUUUUUAAAUGACUGUGUCAGUUUUGUUUGUUUUCCAUUGAGACUCAACCCAAAAUAUGUAAAAUAGACAAAACAAUGGUUUAGUCUUGUUGUUGUUCACAUCAUACCACCUAAGUCUAAAAAUCACAAUGCAUUCACAUUAAAGCCACAAUGUUUCAUAACAAAAAAGACAAACCCUGUUAAAACAGGCAGCCUGUGAUUGUGUGUGUGUGCGUGUGUGCAUGUGUGUGUUUGUUUGUGAGUGGUGUCCUCAUAUUUGUGCUCUUACCACAGUCUGAACUCACUAUUUAAACUGGCCUUCUCUGCUUUAUCCUUAAGAAAUCCACCUCCAUGUCUAUAAGUGCUCUACUUGAGGGCUAAUACUGAAUAUAGCAUCACUUUUACAUUAUAUGUACUGUCCAACUUUCUGUAACCUCAAUCAAGAAGCACACCUCUAAAAAUAUCAUGCAACUCAGCAGACACAGGGCUACAAAGAGCCAUAGACAAAUAAUAUCUGAAGACUGCACAAGAUACAAAAAGGUUACCAUACUACUUGGAGACUUGACUAUGCAAAACUGUAGUACCAAGGUGUAAGUUAAAAGACCCAUAAAUAACUUGUUAAAAAGAAACCACCUCAUUUAUGCUUAGCUUGUUUUGACUAAUUUUAAUAUUACUGUUGCUGGUUUUUGUUCUAGAAAUUAAGAAAGUUUUGCUUCAGUAUAUCCAUGACAUAUACGGACAAAGUACAUCAUUCUGUCAUGUCAUGACAUUGCAUAUGGGCACACAGUCUCUACAUACAUUGUACAUCUUUGUAUUAAUAGGAAUCCAGGAGUUACACAGGGCUAAACCUAAAUUGUAUUCAGCACAAAGAAAAGUUAACAAUUGGUUUCUCUGAAUAUAUUCAUAUCUCAGUUCAUAUCUGCAAUUUUCACAAAUAACUUAUACCAUUAAUGUAUAUGUUUAUUUUCAAAUUUGCAGCAUGACAUUAGCAAGGUAUAGCUCAAUAGGCUCUUUUUAAGUAGUGGGUUGUUCUGUUGUCUUUUGUCUACAAAAGAUGUCAGGAAGUCGCCAUUUGUAUUUUCUACAGAGUUGAGUGAUCAAAGCCAUACACGCUAUGUCUGUGGGAUGCACUGGUUGUGUGUUUUAGAGCAUCAUAAUUAGUUAUGUGUGUGUGUGUGUGUGUCUGUGUGUGUCUGUGUGUGUGUAUGUGUGUGCACGUGCAUGUGUGCGUGCGUGUGUGUGUGUAACAUUGCAGAUAUUUGCACUCAAUGAUUCACCUCAUCAGGAUGUCCACCCACGCGCACACACAGACACACAAACAUGCAUUGCACUGCCAUUUAUAAUAGUGGGUCAGAUUGUGGGUCCAUGUAGCUUCACCAACCAACCAAACUGUAUUUUUAUUUAAAGGAACAGGGAUGUUGUAAAGUAUUUUUGUACAAAUUUAAUACUUUGGUAGCAUGAUGUUCCUGGUGUUGUGUCCUGUUGGGCUCCACUGCUCUCUUUCACUCCCCUUUAUAUGGACGACUACUGAGCAACAAUAAAGAUGAAGAAAUGCC